UUAAGCCAGCAGCCGACCACCAGUAGGUGCACAGAACCGAAGAGCUAGAGACCGCUCUUGUCCCGCGCCGGCUCCGAGGUCCGUGCACCCUGCUGGGCCAUGGAGUCCACCCUGGACGCUGAGGAGGCGCGCACCGUGCGCGAGGCGCUGGGCCGAUACGAGGCGGCGCUGGAGGGCGCGGUGCGCGCGCUGCACGAGGACAUGCAGGGGCUGCAGCGCGGAGUGGAGCGGCGCGUAGCCGAGGCGUUGAGCCUGGCUGGGCCCCUGGCGCGCACCGUGGCGGAGCUGCAGCGCGACAAUCAGCGGCUGCAGGCGCAGCUCGAGCGCUUGACGCGCCAGGUGGAGGCGCUGGGCUUGGCGACAGGGCUGUUCCCCGUGCCCGACACGCCCAGUCCCCCGCCUGCGCCUGGCCUUCCGAACCGCGCGCCCCGCCUGGGCACCGCACGCUUCUCCAGCCACGCCACCUUCUCGCUGUCCGGCCGCAGCCAGAGUGUGGAUCAUGAUGAAGCCAGUGAGCUCGAGAUGAGACGCACUUCAAACUCAGGCAUCGUUGAGAAUGGACACCAGCCAGGAGCAGGUCCAGGCACUGGUCCCACUGAGGGAACCCAAGCCUCAGCCCCAGAGCCCCCCAUACCUCGCCCUGUGAGCCUCCCCUUGCAGUUGCCCCAUCAGCCGGUCACAGCUGUCACCCGUGUCUCUGAGAAGUUCUCUGGGGAGACCUCAGUUGCAGCUCUGUCACCCACGUCUGCUGCCAUCCUGGGGGGCUUCAGCCCCAGCACCAGGGAAGAAACCACCCCCUGGACUUCCAGUACCACUGAGAAUUCUUCCUUCACAAGGUCUUUGUCAAGCUUUGGCUACAGGGGAGUCACAGCAGGCAAGUGCAAGGACAGCCCACCAUUGGUGACGCCACCCCAGUCACCCCUGUCCCCGCAGCUGCCGGCCACGACUCAGGCCCCUCACCAGGGGGAGCGUCGCAGGGAGCUGGUGAGGUCACAGACGCUGCCCCGCACCUCAGGGGCACAGGCCCGGAAGGCGUUGUUUGAGAAGUGGGAGCAGGAUACAGCGGGCAAGGGCAAAGGUGAGGCUCGGGCCAAGCUAAAGCGGUCACAGAGCUUUGGUGUGGCCAGUGCCAGCAGCAUCAAGCAGAUCCUGCUCGAGUGGUGCCGCAGCAAGACCCUGGGCUACCAGCAUGUGGACCUGCAGAACUUCUCCUCCAGCUGGAGUGAUGGGAUGGGUUUCUGUGCCCUGGUGCACUCUUUCUUCCCUGAUGCCUUCGACUACAAUGCCCUGAGCCCCACACAGCGGCAGAAGAACUUCGAGCUGGCCUUCACUAUGGCUGAGAACCUGGCCAACUGUGAGCGCCUCAUUGAAGUGGAGGACAUGAUGGUGAUGGGCCGCAAGCCAGACCCCAUGUGCGUCUUCACCUACGUCCAGUCGCUCUACAACCACCUGCGUCGCUUUGAGUAAAGCCCAGGGGCCUGGAGAGCCAGAAGGCCCCCCAGAAAGAGACUGUGGAGCUGCUUGUGUUCCCCAAGUCAGGACGACCCCCUGAGAAGAGUUGCCCAUGGUGUGAGCUGGCUGUCCUCUGGUGGUGACUCUGCGACCCUCCAUGCCCAGCUGUGUUACUGAUUAAAAGCACCGCUGGGUGCACCCUGACAGCACUGUUGCAGCCAAGGGUUCAAAGGAAAUGGGAAAAUUUCCAGAGAGACAGAAAUUGGUGCUAAGUAAUGAUUUUCCUAAAGAAUAGCUUGCCUGUGUAGAUUUCGGAAUGCUAAAUUACAGGUUUUCCCUCUGGUGAAUUUGAUACAUUGGCUGGACAGGGUUCCAUUGAUUACCAAGUGUUUUUUUUUUUUUUUAUCAAAAUAUCCAGAGUUUUUUACUUCCUCACACUAUUGUAGGUCCCUUUCCUCCCUCGCUUUGGGCCAGUGCCAGGAAACAGAGCGCACUUAAUCAGCAGCCUGACAAAGAAGACCGAAGGCUUGGGAAGAAACAUUUUAAUCACACCCAAGUCCUUAGCAACAGAUGACCUUCAAGCCACCUCUACCCACUGGGGAGAUGGGAAGGCUCUUGCCUUGGUCCUAAGGGCUCUUCUUCCCAGGAGGUGCUCUGGAAGGUCACGCUCUUGGGAAGGGAUAGGCCUUUGUGCUGAGAGAGUUUUAAAUUCACAUCUUUUUAGGGGAUUUGCUGCAGGUAUUUAUAAAGUAAUUUCAUCUGAACCAUUGACCCUUUUAUUUGUACAUAAAAAAAAUGUGUCAAACUUG